CAAGGGAAGUCGAUGAGAACAUACAACUCGAUCAGUCCGAGAAUGUACGGUAACCCUAAAGUCCACAAGAACAACUUUCCAAUGCGACCAAUUGUUUCGGAUAUACAGGGUCCUACAAUUAAAUUGUCAAGAUAUGUUGCACAAAUUUUGACUGCAGCAUAUGACCAGAAUAACCCAUAUUAUGUGAAAGACUCUUUUGACUUUUCAACCCAAGUCAUUGGGUUACAGCUACCUCCGGAGCAUGUGGUCAUAUCGUUAGAUGUGGUUAACUUGUUCGGGAAUAUAUCCAAAGGACUGGUGCUAACAGCUAUUGAUUUCAACUGGGAUAAAAUUGAACCUUGCUGUGGUAUGUCUCGAGAGGACUUUAAGGAGAUAAUUUCCUUCCUUCUAGAUUCUGGCUGCUUUGUGUUUGAUGGAAAGUUUUACCUGCAGACAUUUGGCUGUAUUAUGGGUUCACCACUCAGCCCAAUUCUGGCCCUCUACGUUAUGGACUAUUUACUGGCAAUAAGCAUACCAAAGUUGACGUUUACACUGGCGUUCCUCAAGAAAUAUGUAGAUGAUCUUAUAAUAGCCUUACCGUUGCUAGGAAUUGACGAAAUUAUAGAAGUGUUCAACAGUUUUGACCAGAACUUAAAAUUCACAGUGGAGAGAGAAGAUGAUAAUAAUUCAGUCCCAUUUUUGGACACUAGAGUUUGUCGAGUAGACAAUACAAUAAAACUUGAUUGGUACCAGAAGGGUACGUCAUCGGGUAAAUAUAUACAUUUUCUCUCUGAUCACCCCAUUGGUAUAAAAAUAAAUUUCAUAAGAGAACAAAAGAACAGAAUAAACAGAAUAUGUGACAUUACAUUUAGAGAUUCUAGUAUUAGAAGAUUGUGUGGAUUGUUGCUUGAGAAUUCCUAUCCGAAAACAAUGGUAAACAAACUUCUGUUCUCUACAUCAGAUAUACCGAGACAUAGAGAAGAACCACCUCAGGAUGUAGACAUAGGAGAGACGCAGGUGGUGUAUCGUAGUUUACCCAAUAUUCACAACCUUACAAACAAAAUCAAGGAUUGUUUCAGAGACCGCAAAGAUUUAAGAAUAGUUUCACAAUGCAAGAAGAGAGUGUCCGACCUAUACUCCAGGUUAAAAGACCCAGUGCCAGUGAGUCUGAGAUCAAGUGUAGUGUAUGAAAUCGAAUGUGAUAGUUGCCAUGAAACUUAUGUAGGCCAAACGUCGCAAUGGCUAAAAAACCGAAUAACAUUACACAAAAGCGACAUAAGGACUAAUAGCCCAAGGUGUGCCCUCUCAACCCAUGCAAACCGCCUUUCCCAUAAUAUUGACUUUGAUAACGUUAAAAUUCUAGACACAAAUUCCAACUAUAGAAAAAGAUGCAUCUUAGAAAUGAUUAAUAUAAAAACUCAAAGAAGUCAAAUUAAUAAAAAAACAGAUACGCAAGGUUUAAGUCCCAUCUAUGCUUAUCUGUUAGAGUAUACAAGAAACAGACCAUUCUUCGAUGGUCCAGUUGACGGUUAAUAAUAAAAAUAAAACUCUAUGUUCUGUACGUUUCUAACCUUGAUUGUUUUGACACUUCCAGUACAUGUGAUUUAUUAAGAAAUUGUAGAAGCUCAAAUUAUUUUUAAGUUUUGAUUUCAUGACUAUAUUGCCGUAUAACACUAGAGCUCGUAUUCGCUGCCCUGAGGAAGGAAACAACCGUUUCCGAAAGCUAGGCUAUUAUGAAUAAAGAGUAAAUACCUCAUCAGUGUGUUGAUCGAC